AUGCCUGCUGACGGAGGUGAAUGCGGACCGGCGUCCGAAACUCGCGCAACACAGGCUGAUGAACAUCAGCUACUGGUGGAGCUUAGCGAACUCCUCCGUCGACGAACAGAUUUGCCUGUCGAGGUGCAACUUCUUGCCGCUGCCAUUGGGGCUUCAAAACGCAGCGGAAGCGCCACUGACCGGAUGUCCUUCGAACGAGGAACCACAGGAGAAAACCAUGCAGCUUGUGAACGAGAAGCCCCUGAACUUGACACCAGGCAACUUCCAGGCCAUGGCUGUCAUGGUUCAGUCGACCAGCAGGACACCGUGGGGGAGAGAGGAUGUGCCAAUGCCUCCCUCGCACCUUCACUGAAGCCUCAAGCCGACACAGUGCCUGGGGAGGUGAGCCUCUCUUCACCCUGUAUUCAGUCGAUAAAGCCGUCAUCUCCCCCUCAGCCAGGCCUCGAGUUCCACUCGGAGGUUGGCACCGUUUCUGGGCACAGCACAGACGGAAUUGGCAGUAACGGUAGCGCGAGGUCGGAAGCAUCUGGCUCGGAUUCUUCUCCGAGACUAUCUUGCGAGCGGCCCUCCGCACCGGCACACGAGCCGAGUCUGGAACGGGCGGACCUGGCUGCAACGCACAUUGAGGCAGGUACUGAAUGUGAGGAGAAAGAUGGCGCACCUGAGCGUACUUACAAUGUCUACCGGAGCUUGGAAAGCCGCCAAGCCGCCGCGAUGGCAGAGAAAGAGAUUGGCGGCCGCCUUCUGACUGCGGCUAAAGCGCCCGCAAAAGGGCGACCUGAAAGCAACCGGAAAUCAGGCGCCGACACGACGGAUUAUCACGCGAUGCACCGCGCGCUUCCCAAGGUCACUGGAGUGCGUUUCCAGGCGCAGCGCAACCGCUUCGUGGCGGAGUGGUACGAGCAAGGCCGGACAAGAAUGGCCUAUUUCCCGGUGAAACUCUACGGCUUCGAGCGCGCCAGACACCUGGCCAUCAGAUGUCGGGAGGAAGUGCUUCAGCUAAAGAAUGCCAAACGCGGCGUCUACGGAGAAGGCUCGCAUUCGCCCAACAACCACCGGAAGAAUGGAGCAGCAGAGGCUGGCAGCUUAGUUGGAGAGAGCCCGGUGCUAAAGCGUCGCCGUCUCGUUGGUCCAUCAUCUCCGAGCAGCGAGGCGAGCCCUCUGGCUUCACCUCUGCUACAACGCCGCUCGCGCUCCUUCGCGGCUUCCCCUUCCACUGCAACAACAGCCCGUAGUUUUUUCAGUCUCGGGCGGAAAGCGUUCAGUCUCUCGGAUGAAGACAUCAGCGCGCGCCUGCCGUGGACGAAAAACGAAGAGCAAGAACCAAAAACGCGCAAAGCGGGUCGCUCCUCACGAGUGCCGACUACUCCAGCGGAUAGCCAGGCCGAGGACGACUACAUGGAGCGUGAGGAUGCUCACGCAGACGACGAGAGUGAGCACGCGAAAUGCACUGAGCACAGUGACCUGCACGACCUGCUGAGACUCUCCAAGUUGGCGGCUAUGGGCGACGCCGACAGAUCAACCAAGAGCGCGGUGACAAGCUGCCUCUCUAUUGACCUCCCGCUGACGCGACAGGUGGCCAGCACACCGACGUGUGAAAGCUCGUACUCCCCCAUGAAUGCGGGGAACCAAGCUCGUCUUCACUCCUCGUUCGACAGUGCCCUGAAGAGCGGGCUCGCCCAAGACGCCAGGCCUCGACUGGCGGAGGAAGAGGCUCAGGUGUCCCGCACACCGCUGUCUGCUGAGGCGUCAUUCCCUUGCCCGCAAGGGCAGCAACGCGUUGUCCGCAGCGCCAGUGACAGGUCGCAGAGGGCCGCAGGGCCGCCAAUGGCCAGCGCGACCGAAGGCUCAAGGAGCGGUUCCAACGGCCUAAACAUCGACCCGAAUCUGCUGCUGGCUCUUCUUCUCGGUACAGGCGGCAGCCGGGAACAGCAAGCGGUCUUGGAUCACGCGCUGGAGUCCGUCACGCGCCUGCUCGGGAAGUCACUUGCACGCGUUUGCAGCCGCGACACGAGGCGAGUCUCUCGCACCCAUGAGGCAUGCCCUGACGAGGGCCCCGCUCCUUCCCUGGUGAGGGCAGACUGCCCGCGCAUUGCGAGCCGGGGAGCAGACGAAGCGGAAGGCUCUCGAACGCAAGAGAGCGGACGACGGCAGCCCUGUCCAGAAUCCAGCUACCAAGGACGGUCCACAAGCGAUUCCUCUUUUCGGCCGGCGAAUGACGAAAAAGACGAGAAGCUGCUUCUGACGAAGACGGCUGUGCGCGUGAUCCUCAGCGAUCUGCUGGACAGGUGUAUUCCCCGGCUCGCCGCCGUGGGGAAAGGAGAGGUAGAUGACACGCCGGUGCAGCUGCGUCGCGGCUUUUUCACUUCCGUUGUGAUGCAAGCCUGGCGAGCAGUCCAGGACGCUCGGACGAUAGACGAGCUCUAUCCCCUUCUCGCGGUCUGCCGGCCAGCCAUUAUGUCUGGCGAACUGCCAAGUUCGUGGGAAGUCGAGAAGCAGCACAAAUUCUUUGUACAGCUGGUCGGGCGUCGCGUGACGGAAGGACGUCCCUCACGAGGAGAGGCCGCGGCACCGAUGGCUUCUGGAGAGACGAGCGAAAGCGCGAACCAUCCAGCAUUCUCCGCACAUGGGCUCUCGACGAUGCCACGGGACAGAGCUCGUGACCACCAUGAGGUGAAGCAGAAAGCGUGGACUCCUUUCCGGGCCAGUGAUGCGUUAGACGCACCGCUGGAGUCUGGCUCGAGAGACCUCACUGCUUUCUGA